ACAUUUAAUUGAUUUCAAAUUUUAGGUUAGGCGCCUUGUCUUAUUCUUUUGGAAGCAAAUAGAAGUUGACGGGAAGAUUUCAUACGUACGAUUUUAUUUAAUAUUUGUUUAGAUCACCUAAAGGAAUAUAGAAGUAAAUAAGUUGGUCAAAAUGAAUAUACGCUGUGCACGUCCAAAUGAUCUUAUGAAUAUGCAGCAUUGCAAUUUGCUGUGUCUACCUGAGAAUUAUCAGAUGAAAUAUUACUUCUAUCAUGGCCUUUCGUGGCCACAACUGAGCUAUGUAGCUGAAGAUGAAAAAGGACACAUUGUAGGCUAUGUGUUGGCAAAAAUGGAGGAAGAUGGUGAAGAUAAUCGUCAUGGACAUAUCACUUCCUUAGCAGUGAAGAGAUCACACAGGCGCCUCGGCCUUGCACAAAAACUUAUGAACCAAGCAUCACUUGCCAUGGUUGAAUGUUUCCAGGCAAAAUAUGUAUCACUUCAUGUGAGAAAAAGCAACAGAGCAGCUCUCAAUCUUUACACAAACUCUUUAGGUUUUAAAAUUCUUGAAAUUGAACCUAAAUAUUAUGCGGAUGGAGAGGAUGCAUUUUCCAUGAUGAGAGACCUUAGUACUUUUGCUGUGGAUAAUAAGACAGAUAGUGACAAUCUGGAAAUUAAAUCUGAGUCCGCUAUUGUGUCACAGUGUUAAAUCAUAAUAAAUAAUUGACAAGUAA